GUUACGCCACAGUUUCACAGUCCAGUAGGUUCAGUUGGAGAUUUAAUCUUAGAGAUUCAUUUUAAUGUAAUCAAAGGGUUGCAGUACAGCACGGUUCGUCAGGUCGCUGUUUCUCGAGGUCGUUACUUGUGGAGCCGAACCAUGUUCUGGCGUGGCUGAACAUGAAUGGGCGCACAGGUUUUAUGGAUUGUCCUGGUAACGAUUGUCCUGGUAACGGGACCGAACUCCGGCUUACGGUUAGUCGGUGUUUACGAACGGUGUCCAGCUCACGAGACGUCGGAGAGGUCAGUGAUGCUCUGCGUACGCUCUUGCGUUACCUAGACGACGAUUGUCACGGCGAAGCCGCUGUCACAGGAGAGUUCCACCGAGUUUACUACACGCGAGUCCUGCAGGUGUUGAUCGGUGCGCUUUCGGCUGAUUGGAUGUCCGGUCUGUCCGAUGGCCAGCGCAAAGAAUUGUGGGACAAAUUUUUCCUCCUUGGGCCUCCAGACCAGGCAGUGCUGGCGCUGGUGGAUGCUAUCAGGUCCAGCAGCCCCAGUGCAGGUCUGGAGCGGAUGGUGUAUGUUCUGGAGCAGUUUGUGAAUAAGGGACGCAUUGCAGAUCUGUUGUGGACUCGCUGUGUGGAUGUAGGAGUCAGGUCGGAGUCGGCUCAUCUGAGGGAGUUGGUCUUGGCUCGCCUGGUUUCCCUCCCUGACCUUGUGUGUAACCGCUUGCACACCAACACCCCAGCUCCUCUCUUACCUCAGCAAUACUACCCCCUGCUGGCCACACAAAUACUACACACCCUGCAGAGGACAUGUCAAGCUCUCAGAGCGGGGCAGGACUGCUGUCUGGGUUUUGUGGCUCAGUUGUUGGGGAAGACAUGUGUGCAGAGCCACAGCGAGCUGCUGUUCGGUGUGUUGGCGCCUCAGCUCAGCUCUCUGACACACCAUGAUGUCCUGUGGCAACGUGUCAGCUCUACCCUGCUGGAGAACGUUCCAGAACGCUGGACAGAGGCUGUCGUCAGAGGACUCAUACAGGCACUUGAUGGUGCGGAGGCCUUGUCGAGAGUGAUGGGGAAUCUUGUAAUGAAGAAUAAGAGAGCUCAGUUUGUUGUAACACACAAACUUCUCCUGCUGCAGUACUCACUACAAGUGCAGGGCCUGAAGACUGUGCUGGGUUAUUUGGCCUUGGAUCCUGAACGAAGGUCACUGCUUAAACAGGUCUUGAGGAGUGUGUGUAAGGUUUGGUGUAAUAGCAGUGCUGUCAGACACACACCUGUGGAGCAGCAGUUGUAUGUGAGCAGAUCUCUCCUGCUCUGUGUGAGUCUCCUCAGUCAGGAUGACAUACAGGAGCUGCGCACAGAGCUGCUGCAGUGCAUGCUGGGAGGAGUGCAGUGUCGUCUGGACAGCAGUACUGAGCGUGUGCGGAAGAUUGGGAUGGUUGUGGGGGAGUGUCUCAGUCAGAAACUGGACACGCCCACCUCACAGCUCAAGUUUCAGUUCGAGCCUGAUGACGACACCUUAGAGUUGCGCUCUCUAAUGGAGCCUCCAUCUGCUCAACAUGUUCCUGACCCCCAACACAGUCAAAGAACUGAACCUGACUCUGAGGGUCAAAGGUCAGCAGGUCAGCCAGUGACAUCACAGUCCCCCUCAGCCAACCAAUCAUCAGCGCCAAAAGGAGACAGUGAUUCUGAGCUGGACAGUGAUGAUGAGUUGACUCCGUAUGAUAUGUCAUGUGAUCAGGAGAAGCCCAGGGUGACCCCGCCCCGCUAUGUCAGAGACUGUCUGGAUGUCCUGCUGAGCAGUGAUGAUGCAGAGAGAGUGAGGAUGAGUCUGCAGGUUGCUGAGGAACUACUGAGGAAGAACAUCAGUGCUACUCAAGAGGUGAGUGUGCAGUUCAGUAAGGUGUUAUUACACUUGGAGGACAGGUACAGCACACCGGCCUUCCACAGCCUCAGACAGAACACCAUGGUCGCUCUCACAGUGACACACACUGAACCGGUUGUGAAGUACUGGACCACAGAGUUCUAUGGACUCAAUUACAGUCUGAGACAGAGAAUGGACAUCCUGGAGGUCCUCGCUCUCUCUGCACAAGAGCUGUGUGAGCCAAUCGCAGACAAGCACAGCUCGUUCGUGGAGCCAAUCACAGAUAAGCACAGCUCGUCCAUACAGACGCUCUCCAUGGAGCCAGUGACGACUCCAGAACAGUGCAGUGGUCCGGUUCACUGGCGGCAUGUUGUGGAGGAACGCAUUCAGAGCAAAACCAAACGUCUCAGCAGGGGUGUGUCUCGUGCCCCACCGAAAACUGCCCCAAACCGCUUUGCCCCUGUGGCAGGACACUUCUUCUUCCCCCUGCUCAGGAACUAUGACAGGCCGCAGGUCACCUUUGACCUCUUGGGAAGUGAUCAUCUUGUGUUGGGGCGGCUGAUCCACACUCUGGGAUUACUGAUGCACUUGGCCACUAAUGCACCGGUGGCAGCUCAGAUGGGCAGAGCACUUCUGGACUUCGUGUGGGUGCUGCGUUUCCAUGCCGACCAGAUGGUGAGGCGUGGGGUGUUAUUUGCUGUGUGUGCUGUAUUUCUGAGCAUGCCCAGUAACUGUCUGCUGCUGGAGCUCAGUGAGGACCUGACAGAGACCAGGGUCUGGCUGGCAGAGGUGGCAGAGAGUGAUCCAGAUGCAGACUGCAGGAGUUUAGCUGUUCAGAGUCUUCGUCUCCUGGACCAAGCCCUGAAAACAGAGCUUCAGCUCAACACGCCUGAACAUACCUGAAUUCAGCUGAACACGCCUGAACAUACCUGAAUUCAGCUGAACACGCCUGAACAUACCUGAAUUCAGCUCAACACGCCUGAACAUACCUGAAUUCAGCUCAACACGCCUGAACAUACUUGAUUGGAUCAGAAUGCUGGGGUGAGAUUGUCACUGAUGGAUUUCUGCUGAACAGGACAAUGUACUCAUCACACACCCACAAAUAUAUACACAAAUGUCUGCCUAAACUCAUCACAUCAUGCAUACUC